UCUGUCAGACAAUCGUCGAUUAGAAUUUUUUUAACAAAUAAUAGUAACAUUUUUAUUGUUAUCAUUAUUAGUGUAUAUUUUAUAUGAAUUAAGUGUUUUAAAAAUAUAUAUCUUGCACUAUGAUAAUGUUACUCUGAUACGUUGUUCAUUUUAGAUAAAAUGAAUUAUUUAACAGUUGAUUCAGCUACGACAUCGACCAGCUCUGACAAAAAUGAAGCAACUAAUAAUGAAGAUCUUGAAGUGGACAACUCACAGAGUGUUUUGCUUAAGAUAGCAACUCUGUAUGCAGAGCAGUUGAUGAGUGAUCUGAUCCUGGAGGUGGGAGGUGUCGGCUAUCCUGCCCACAGGCUCAUAUUAUGUGCCAGCAGUGAAGUAUUCCAGGUUAUGCUAAUGAAUCGUGAAUGGAGUGAGUGGCGUGAAAGCCGUAUAAUAUUGCAGGAAACUCCCACUGGUGCAUCUGUCUUCCCUCACUUCCUGAAGUAUUUUUAUACUGGCCAAAUUAGGAUAUCGCAUCAAACCGUGCUUCCCGUGCUGUCCCUUGCUGAUAAAUACAAUGUUAAGGACCUUGUAACCCUAUGUCUGAGUUACAUGUCUCAGCAUAUAGCGCAGGCAGCAAAACGCGGACAACUUAUCGCUUGGAUGCAGUACACCAUGGCUUGUGGCCAUAAUGAUGUUGCCAAGGCUUGCCAGAACUUUGUCAAGUGGAACAUGGAGUGGGUGGUAGACAGUGAGCUUGCGGAGCUGGAGGAUGACACGCUCCUGCUGCUGUUGCAGCACAGUGACCUCGUGCUGCACAACGAGAUGACGCUCUACCAAUUCGUCGUGCGUUGGUUAAAUAAACAGAAAGAAAGGCUGAACACGAGUGACCUCUCCGAGACCGAAUUGAAAGUGCACUGGGACUCCCUCGUCACUACGGUCUUUUCACAUGUCCGAUUUCCUAUGAUGUGUCCAAAUCAAUUGGCAAAGUUGCUGUUGUGUCCGUUAACGCAGGAACACAAGGAGUUCUUUAUGGAACGAAUGGCAAUUGCAAUGAGUUAUCAAUCAGGUCAAUAUGAAAGAAUAGCAGAAGUUCAAGAGACAGAAGCCGGCCGGAUGCUCUUUACACCCCGUCUCUACACCGAAGACACGUGGGGUUUGGUGCUCGCUGUUGACAAUUUCCACUCCCUGCCGUGUUAUCACACACGCACGUUCAUAUUCUCGACCAGGCCCUCCAUAGACGACGUGGCAGCUGAUAAGCUAACGGAGUGGACGGUGGAUCUUUAUCCCAAAGGGGUCUGGUUCAGGAAGAGCAUGCUCAUUGUAUGGGCUGUGACAUACGAUGUACCGGAAGUAGUCCUGCGUACAGUUCGCAUCUCGAUCACGUGCCAAAACUGUCCGCAACAACAGGACAACAAUUAUGAGUACUGCGAGUACAACGAGCCCGAUGUCAGGGUCAAGAUUGGAAUACUGGUGUGGGGAGUACAGAAUGGCGUCGAGCACGUGGCGUCCGUCGUCGAGAGAGUGCACAGAUUUUCUGCUCAAAAUAGAGUGCUGAACAUCGACGGCGCGCUGGACUUCGACGAGCUCAACACGCCGCUCUACUCGCCCGCCGGGCCCGCCUCGCCCUCCCCCCCCGCCGGGAAGCACGGACGUUGUCCGAAGUGCUCGGACAUCUGCGACCCGCCCGAACCCAAGCACCUGUUGGGCCCCAACAGAGACCAGCUGAGGAUACAAGUAGUGAUAGUUCCGCUGACAGACUUCUGCCACGUGGGCGCGGCCGACACUAACGGAUGACCGUCCGGCGCCGGCUCGGCCUGAGCGACCGUCCGGCCGUGACCGUCGACUUGCGCUUCGCUGGAUGUAAAUAUACGUGACGAAUAUUCGGGCGAAUGUUGUAAUUUAUAUUAUUUAGUGUUGUAUGCGUGAAGUUUUACCGGUUUGUAAACGAUUUAAUGUAUAAAUUAAUUUUAGUUCAAUUUAAUUAAAUAUUAAAUUACAGAGUUGUGAUUAUUGUACUAUGUUAUAUUGUAGUCAAAAGUACAUGUUAUGUGGUUUAAGUAUUACGUACAUUUUUUUUGUGUUAAAAAUAAAUGAAUAGUUAAAAAAAUUUUUUUAAAGCUUCUAUGAUCAAAAUAUUUUGUCUAUGCCGAGCUGUGAUCGUAGAGGAGUUCCUUCGUUUGUAUCAAAUUCUGGGUGUAGAAUCUUGUUGUGCUUAUCAUAGAAAUGCAUUGUCAUCUGAAAUUCAACUGAACCAAUGUAUACAAUUUCUACUCCACUGGAUACGAGGAAGUGGUUUCAAUUCAACUUGCAUAUUUGAACUAACAAACAUUGCACGUUAAAUAAAGUAAUGUAAAAACUUUUUGUUUUGAUUUAAUAAGUUUUAAAAUAUUUUUUUUUCUAUCUUAAUUUUUAGUUUUAAAAUGGAUUCCCUUCGACA